AUGGGCUUAACUAAUUUGUUAGAGAAUCAUUUCCCUCAAAUUGAAGCUAAACUUGAACAGAAUUCUGUGGUUGUAUGGCGGCUCCCUAUUGAAUUUUCUCAGAGUCGAUUCGGUGGACGCCAAACUCCUUCAAAUGCUUGCACACUAAUAGCAAUAUCUCUUGCCGAACUCAUUCAUAGGAACAGUAUAAAUAUAUCCGGAAACAUACGAUACUUAUUUAAUUGUUUUAGAGGUUCUCAUCGGUUAAAAAACGAGUUUUCAAAAGAUGGCGGUCUUCUGAACUUUUGUCCACUUCUCUUAUCUAAUUACAUAAAAGCAAUAAUCAAUGGUAAUAGAAGUCAUGAAGUAGCUUUGGAUAUGAGAAGAAGAAGUAACCCAUCCGACAGUGUCGAUCCUUAUUUCACUAUCCCUGAUGCUUUGAUAGCCGUUAACAACCCAUUUCGAGAAAUCGACUUCUGCUCAAUAGUAGGCCCUAUAAGAACUCACCUUCCUAGUUAUUUACGUUGUGUUAUCCACCACCCUCAGUUAGCACAUGAAGAAAAGAUAUAUAUUAUCAUGAUUGCUUUCCAAAGAUCUGUAUUGUUCGUAUAUGAGCGUUCCUUUCACACAAUAACGCUAAUUGACACUCACCUUCACGGCUCUUCCCAUGGGGGGCUUGUUGCUUCAUGUAAUAUGACAGAUGUAAGGAAUUUCUCCAAAUGGGUUUCUCACAACGUUUUCCAAGAAUCUCUAUAUUAUCACGAACAAGAUGAGUUCCAGGCCGAGUUCGAACUUUCAGUUCUUAGUUUUUGUGGUGAAAUCAAAUCAUCAGACUGCAUAUCAACAAAACUACGCCAAUGGACACCGAAAAAUUUCAGCAUUUUCCCCGAGUUAAAUUCUUCUUCUGAUUCAUCAUGUGGCGAAUCUCCUGAGAAGGUAUAUUCUACUUCCAAUCUGAGAAACAUCUCCUUGCUCACCACUGGCUCAAAAAGAUCUCUAGAACCCCUGAGAACAUCCAGUUCAUCUUGUGAUAUAUCAGAAAAACGAUUGAGAUUCUAA